AUGGAACAUGUGAUGCUUUUGCAGCCUAGCCAGCAGCAGGCGCGAGUAGAGUCGGAUAAGGACCGAGGAGAUGGUUAUCGGCCUCAGGUCCGAGGCGGCGGCUGCGUCCGGGCACUUCGGCCGAGAAGACUUCCUCGACAAGUCACCACUGCUACCCCGGAGGUCGCGUCGGGACCACGGCGGCCUCCAGGAGACUUCAAGCGCUUGCCAGAACCAACCCGCCCGCCCGCCUGCCCGCCAGCUUGCCCGACCGCCAUCUACCGAGCAGCGGAGGAACCCGGCGGGCCCCUCCAGCGCCUGCCGAGCGGCCCAUGGUCACGGGAGCCAGCAGCCCUGCCAACGCCCCCUGCCGAGCCGCCGGCCAAACCCAGUUCUACCGAGGAGGCAACGCCCCCUGCUGAACCCCCGGUCUACCAGAAGGCGCCCGGACACCUGCCCGGUUAUAGCAGUGUCUUUCCCCUGACCCAGCCCUAUCUUUCUAGGCCCACGGCUCCCUGCUGCACUGCCUCCAGGACAGACCACCCUGCUGCCACCUGGUGGCCCCUGGACGACCCACACCGGCCCUGCUUCCUGGUCCUGCCGCUGCCUGGCGCUGCCUGCUGCCUAUCGGAGACUCCUGCCCUGCUCGGCCUGACCACUGCCUGGAACCCGGUGCUGCUACCUGCGGGGUGCCUGCUGGUCCUGCCGUCUGGACUGGCACUGUGCUGGGGCACAACCGGCUGGCCCCCGCCCUCGCCAUCGUCCAUCAUGGGCCUGGCCUCCUCGCUGCCACUCCUAGUGGCCCCCUAG